AUGGUGGGAUUUGGUGGCUGCUUGGAUCAGCUCUUGGAUUUGCUCACCGGAAAUCAAUCUAGCCGCCAGAUCAUCUCAAUCGUUGGUAUGGGCGGUAUUGGUAAGACUACUCUGGCCAAGAAUACUUUUGAAAAUUCAAUUAUUAAGCGACAAUUUGAUGUCCGUGUUUGGGUGUCUGUUUCAAAUGAUUACAAUUUGUCAGAUAUUUUCUUAGAAGCUCUUUCUCACCUAAAAGAACUCACUAGCACUAUUGAGAUGGACAAUGAAAGAGAUGAGUAUCGAUUAGGAGAACCAUUGUAUAAAGGCUUGACGGGUAGAAGAUAUCUGAUUGUACUGGAUGACGUGUGGAGUGUUGAAGUUUGGGAUAAGAUAAGGUUUUAUUUUCCUGAUAAUGGGAAUAGAAGUUCACCUCAUUUUCACUACUAG